AUUCAAAACAUUUUAACGUUUAUUUUGUGGUGACCGUUUCGAGUUGACGAAGCCGGCAGAGCGUCUGUUGAUUAUUACUAGUGAAAUUGUUUAAAUUUAUUAUUAGUGACAUAGUUUUUUAAAAAUGUCGAAAGCAACAAACAAAGUUAUGAUUAUGCCUGAAAAUGUACCCCCUGAUUAUCAAAAUGCUGUCGAAGAGAUAACAAACAUUAUGGAAGAGCAUGUAAAAAUGCAUCCAAAUGGGUACAAAUGGUCGCUGAGUGAUUUUGACAUUGGAGUUCCUCUUGGUCGUGGUAAAUUUGGAAGGGUUUAUUUGGCACGUGAGAAAAAAACAAAGUAUAUUGUUGCCUUGAAAACAUUAUACAAAGUUGAGUUGAUCCAAGGACGAGUAGAAAAACAAGUAUUGAGAGAAAUUGAAAUCCAGUCACAUCUACGACACCCAAAUAUUUUACAAAUGUUUACGUAUUUCUCUGAUGAGAAAAAAAUCUACUUAGUACUUGAAUAUGCUGCACGAGGUGAAUUAUACAAUUUCAUGAAAAAACAGCCUGGAAGACGAUUUAAUGAACCUCUAUCAGCUAAAUUUGUCUAUCAAGUUGCUGAUGCUCUGGAAUAUUGUCACAAAAAUAAUGUCAUUCACAGAGAUCUUAAGCCUGAAAAUUUAUUGCUUGAUUAUCAUGGAAAUGUUAAGUUAGCCGAUUUUGGAUGGUCAGUUCAUGCGCCAUCGUCAAAACGUAAUACGAUGUGUGGAACAUUAGAUUAUUUGCCACCGGAAAUGAUAAACGGUCAGUCUUAUAACAUUCAUGUUGAUAACUGGUGCCUUGGAAUUCUAUGCUAUGAGUUUUUGGUUGGUGAACCACCAUUUUUGAGUGAGAAUCAACAGGAUACUUACAAAAAAAUUCGCAGUGCUGAUAUCACAUAUCCUCCUCACAUUUCAAUGGACGCCAAAGAUCUUAUAUCUAAGCUUGUUAAAAAACAAAGUUCCGAAAGAAUACCUUUAAGUUCUGUCAAGAAACAUAUCUGGAUAAUUAAAAAUAAAGAUAAAGCAAAACUAACUUAAGUUAAUAAAAAAACAGUUAUAAUUUUAAUUAUUUAUAAUUUGUAUUAAUCUUCACUUUCGUAUAUUAUAAUAAUUUUU